AUGCGCGGCCGAGGGCGGUGCGUGGCGGUGACGGGUAUGUUGGAGGUUGUUGAUGGCGUUGCUGGCGAGGCGACGACGACGUGCUCGACGGGGAUGAUGGCGGCGACGACGAUUUUCUUGACGGGACUGGUGGCGGCGAUCGGCUGUGCAGGCAGGUGGCGGCAGGGCAGGUGGCGGCAGGGCAGGUGGCGGCGAUGGAGUCGGACUGUUGGAGGCGGACCACACGACGUCGAGGAGGCGGCGGCGAGGCGUCAGAGGCGUUGUCCUAAUUGCGGGGCAUCGAAGCGACUAGGCGAGGCGAGACGCGGAGCCGUUGUGUUCGAAGUGAGGCGUGCCAGGGCGUUGAGCCGAAGAGCCUUUGUGUUAGAGGUGAGGAAACACUUUUUCAUUGCCAUCUGCCCUUGUGCUGCUCCUAAUUACAGAAACAAGAGUAAAGGUAUAGCAGCUAAAAAUGUGAGAUGGGCUCCAAAGACUCAAGCUUGCUCUAAUGGCGGAAGUGGAAAUCCAUUCAAUUAUGCCACCAAAAGGAUAGUAUUAAAGAGAUGUUCAGAGGAGGAGGAGGAUUACGAUUCCACUUGUUUGACCGACAAUGGUGAGACUGAGAGGGGCAGCUAUUAUAGCAGCACCAAUUUUGGGGAAGAAGACCCUAUUGUGGAUAAGCUGAGGAAUCAGCUUGGGGUCAUCCAUCCUAUUCCCUCUCCACCUCCUAUAAACCGCAAUGUUUUCGGCCUCUUUGCUUUCUUCUUUUUUGUUGGUGUCGUUUUCGAUAAGCUGUGGACGUCAAGAAAGAGGAAUGGUGGGAGAAGUAUGGGAGAGCAAGUGCCGAGUAGCCUGUCUUCACUUCUCGAGAAGGAUUUGCAGAGGAAAGAGUCUGUAGAGUGGGUGAACAUGGUGUUGGGGAAGCUGUGGAAGGUGUAUAGGGGUGGGAUUGAGAAUUGGAUCAUUGGGCUUUUGCAACCUGUGAUUGACAAUCUCAAGAAGCCAGAUUAUGUGGAGAGGGUUGUGAUCAAGCAAUUCUCCUUGGGCGAUGAGCCUUUGGCUGUUAGAAGUGUCGAUCGCAGAACAUCUCGUCGCGUUAAUGACUUGCAAUAUCAGAUAGGCCUGCGUUAUACUGGUGGGGCUCGGAUGCUUCUACUUUUAUCCCUUAAAUUUGGCAUCUUUCCCAUAGCUGUGCCAGUGGGUGUCCGGGAUUUUGACAUUGACGGGGAAUUAUGGGUCAAACUGAGACUCAUACCAACCGAGCCAUGGGUAGGAGCUGCUUCCUGGGCUUUUGUUUCUCUUCCAAAGAUAAAGUUUGAGCUCUCGCCGUUUCGCUUAUUCAAUUUAAUGGGUAUGCUGUUACUCUUGCUUUUUUUGUUUCUUACAAAGCUUCUAACAGAGGAUUUACCUAAGCUAUUUGUGCGUCCAAAAAAGAUAGUUCUGGAUUUUCAGAAAGGAAAAGCUGUAGGACCUGUUCCGUAUGAUACCAAAUCUGCAGAAAAUCAAGAGGGAAACAAUGAAUUUGCUGGAGAAUUGUCUGUGACUCUUCUAGAUGCACGAAAACUCAGUUAUAUAUUCUACGGCAAAACUGAUCCGUAUGUUAUUCUAAAAUUGGGAAAUCAAGUAAUACGUAGCAAAAGAAAUAGCCAAACCACAGUCAUCGGACCUCCUGGCGAGCCAAUCUGGAAUCAGGAUUUUCACUUGUUAGUUGCUGAUCCUCGGAAAGAGAAAUUAUUCAUUGAAGUGAAGGAUUCUCUUGGAUUUACAGACUUGACUGUGGGUACUGCAUUGGUUGAUCUUGGAUCUCUGAAAGACACUGUUCCAGCGGACAGAAUAGUGGUACUUCGAGGAGGUUGGAGCCUGUUUGGAAAUGGUUCAGCUGGAGAAAUUCUAUUGCGCUUGACCUACAAAGCAUAUGUUGAGGAUGAAGAAGAUGAAAGGUCUGUGAAAGUCUCAACAGAUAUGGAGGAAUCUGAGGAUGAGCUAUCUGAUUCUGAUGAGCAGAGUCCAAAGGAAUACAUUAUUGGACCUGACAAGGAAUCUUUCAUGGAUGUUUUAGCAGCAUUGUUAGUAAGUGAGGAGUUCCGAGGUAUAAUGACUUCCGAAACACUGAAUGCCAACAGGUCUUUAGAUGCUGAUAUAAGUAGCCCUACAUCAGAAUCCUAUGCCAAAACCGAACUGCCGGCUCCUGCAAAUAAUAGUGGGUCAACUUUGUUUUGGCUUGCCUUUGUCACAAGUAUCGCAGUCCUCAUAGCUUUGAAUAUGGGUGGUGCCAAUUUGUUUAAUCCUUGA